GCUGCAUGUCUAAGUAACGUCCACAUGAAUGAAUGUCAGGUCCAGAAGUUUCCCAGCAGAUCAUUGAAAUGUCACAAGAUGGUUUAAAUGUUAUUUACGUCUCUGGUCAGUGGUCAUAAUGUUGUGGCUGAUGGGUCCUGCUGCUCAGAACAGACCUGAAGUGAAGUGUGAUCUAGUUAAACUUCCUUUUCCUGCGUGUUCUGUCACAGAUUCUUAGAAUAAGUGGAGAUAUAAUAUUUUUUCAGGGCGGUAGGAUUCACUCACAGCUCCAGGCGUUUUUUUGUUUGUUUGUUUGUUUGUUUUGUUUUUCCAUUUCUGGUUUUAAAAAGAGACACUAAACAUAUAUAUGGAUAAUUAGAGCUGCAUUUGUAAAAGUCGUGCCUGGGGCAGGGGCCUGUGAUAAUUAGGAGUAAAAAUAACUACUAAUUGUGUCGUGACUGGAGGAGGCACUAAGCUGGACUCAGUCCAUGGAACAGACCCCAGAUUCCACAGUACAAGCUGCUGUUACCUACAACCAAAUCUGAAGAAUAAAGUCUUUAUUAUUAAAAAAAGAGAAAAAAACAGUUGUUUUGUGUCAGUAUUUUGUCGUGGAUCAUUUCGAACCACAAGCUGUGCCUCUCACCACUGCUGUGUGACGUGAGCGCGCUUUACAACGACAAAGAGAUGUUUUAGUUAUUCCUUUCAGAGAUACUGUAUUUGAUAAAUGUUAUGGAAAAAACCAGCUGACCCGAACGUAGCGUUGAAGACGAGUUAGACACAAACAUCGAAUGACUUCAUUUUAGUUACUCCUUGGUGAAUUUGUGACAGUUUGAGGUCAAUAUCCUGAUGGAUACAGAGCCAGAUUCAUCAAGUAGAAAUUGAUAUGAAAGAUAUUUAAGUUGUAUAAUACUAAUAUACAGUAUAAUGUGCUUUUUUAAUAAUAUCCUGCAGAGGGCGGCGUUACAAGCAGCACGUCAAAAUGGACAAAAAAAACCACUAAAAAACAAGUAAAAUAACGAGACUAUUGAAAUAAAUGAUUGUUUAACUAUUAAGAACUACUGUAAAAUGAAACCUUGCAUCUUAAUUGUGACCCUGUUCUCUCCUCUUCUGUCCUCAUCAUCAUUUGCAGUAAUUAGCAGUAAUCUAAUCAACGGCCUCACUGACAGGGCUACAGCUGUAAAACCACAAACUAUGAUAGUGUUGCUCAACACGUAGAAUCAGAUGAACUCCAUUCACCAUCAAAACGUUUAAAACAGGAUGUUGCUGCAGAUGAAGAAAUGGAGAGGAAGAGCUGAUCUGAACAAAGGAUCAGGGCUCCUCAGGAUGCUUCAACGUUUCCUCACACAUCGAUCUGAUCUGAAGCCUCAUGCACAGCGACGCUUAGAUAAUUUAUAUAUUUCUGAGUGUAAACGAUUUUCAAACGAGGCCUUUUACAUAAUACAUAAGUCUAAUAGAUGAGUUUCAUGUGUUUGAUUGGGUUCUCUUUGUCUACUUUCGGGACUUGUGUGUAAAUCUGAUGCUUUGAAUCGUUUUUAUUGAGAAAUGUAGAAAUCUCUGAAGGGUGUAAAACAUUUUAAGUGGCUGUACGUUGAAAUAAAAAUAACCCUGAGUGUUUUGCACAAUCGUCCACAUUAACAGCGGAAGUCCCUCAGAGAAAGGGUUCCUGUUCUGAUAAAGACGUGACACACAUGAGGACGACUCUUUGUAGAAGACACAGUGAGGACAUGAGUCACCGAGUGCUGAUGCUGUUUCUGUCUGUGUGGAGCUCAGGGCUCUGGGCUGAAGACAAACAUGCUUCCACAGCAGUUCCUGGUGAUUACAGGGUGGUGAACGGAGGCGGCCACUGUUCUGGGUCAGUGGAUGUUAAUGAUAAGGGAAGAUGGAGAAAUAAAUACUCAGAACCCCGGGACCAGACGGAGGCCGCUGCAGUGUGCAGGAAGCUCAACUGUGGCUCUGUUGUGUCUUUACAAAGAUAUUUUAAUCAUGGUGGUUCAAAUGAGGUUUACGGUCUACACAUCACGUGUUCAGAAUCAUUGAGGCUGGUGAACGGGACCAGCCGGUGUUCAGGCAGACUGGAGGUGAGGUCCAAGCAGUCGUGGUCCUCAGUGUGUAAAGAUGGUUUCCAGUGGCAGGAAGCAGAGGAGGUCUGCAGGGAGCUUAGGUGUGGGCCCCCUUCAGCCUUAUUUGGGGAACUACACAGAGAGGCUCCACUGGGGUCCAAAAAGCUCCAGUGUCCAGGAAAUGAGUCUGACCAUGAAGCUGCUGUUAUCAUCUGCUCAGACUCAGUGAGGCUGGUGAACGGGACCAACCUGUGUUCAGGUAGACUGGAGGUGAAGUCUGACUGGUCGUGGUUCUCAGUGAGUGAAGAUGGUUUUGACCAGCAGGAUGCGGAGGUGGUCUGCAGGGAGCUUGGCUGUGGACCCCCCUCAGUCCUCCAGGGGGCGCUCUUCACAGGAGGUCCAGUGUGGAGAAAAGGCUUUGAGUGUGAAGGCACAGAGUCUGCUCUGCAAGCCUGUAACAUCUCAGCUCCAGAUAGAACCCCCUCCUCAGCCAACAGAUCUGUUCAACUCACCUGCUCAGAUCCAAACUCUCUAAGGCUGAUGGGAGAGUCCAGCGUCUGUGCCGGUAAGCUGGAGAUGACAAACAAGGGAGAGUGGAGGCCUGUGGUGGACUGGGAGUUAAUAUGGAACCAGGUUUCUGCAGAUGCAGUGUGCAGACGGCUGGGCUGUGGGACUGCAGUGUCUGCAAAUAUGAAGAAAGAACAUGAGGACAGACCCGUGUGGUGGAUCAAGUCCUCCUGCAUCCAGUCAACAUCUGUGCUGCGAGAUUGUGUCACACUGACUGUUCUGGGUAAAACCUACUGGAGCAUGGAGGUGGUCUGCUCAGAACUGCUGCUUCAGCCAACAAUUGUCACCUUUCCCAACAGUAUGGAGGUCUUCAGGGUGGACCAGCGGGAGCUUCAGGUGCUCCUUGGCUCCAACUUCAGCAUCAUGUGCUACAUCCCAGCCCAGUACCAGGGAGGUGACUUCCAGCUCCUGUUCACUGCCUCUAACGCAGCACUCAGCUACUCCCUACCAGCUGUCAAUCACUCUGCCCAUUUCCGCUUCACUUCGAUGGACCUCAGCCACCAAGGCAGCUACAGCUGCAUUUAUCAUCUCCACGUUUUCUCCCACGACUUCUCCUCUAAGAGUCAGACCAUCUAUCUCAGAGUCGGAGCCUCUGUAACAGAUCUGAUCAUCAGACUCGUCGUCCUCCUGCUGGGAAUGACUCUAUCUGUCACUGCCAUCUGCUGCUACUCUAAGAGACUGGCAGCCAAAGCCAGAGUCCAGGAGAAAACAACUGUGAUUUGUGUUGGAGGAGAGAAAUAGGAGCAGGAAGAUUUGUUCUGGACUCACUUUGGAUAUGAAGUGUCAUCUUUUUAAGCCUUUUGUUUAUUAUGAACUGAGUUGAGCCUUUUAACCUCCUGAGACCCUACAUCCUCAUACGGGGACAUUAAGCUUGAUUAAGGUAAAUUAUAAGUGCAUAGCACAUAAAAGCUCAGGUCUCAGGAGGAUAUAUAUCACCUGUUAGCUGCCAGUUCAGGAAGUUAUUCAGCUUCAUUUAGACCUGUUGUCCUCAUAAAUGGAUGCUUUUGUCUACCAUCUAGUGGUAGAAAUGUUGAACCUUGUUUAUUUUAUUUACGCUUAUUAGCUUUUCUAGUUUAAUAUGACGCACAGAUUCUGUCAAUAGAAACGAGCUACAACGUCGCUAAUUAGAAAGUACUCGUUAGAGGAUAUUGGGACUUUAUUGUUUGCAAUUGUGUCUUUUUUCAGCCACGUUCAGGUAUUAAAAUCAACAGUUUUAUA